AUGUUGUUUAACGAGAAGAAUAGAAAGAAUACUAAUCAAGGAGCAAUGCGAGUAUUUCGAAAUUCAAAAUAUCGUUAUUUAUUCUGGAUUCUAUUAUUAAUAUUACUUUGUAUUUCACUAUUUUAUUACAAAUUUUCUUUUGUUGGUAUUUAUUCUAACGAUAUACCAAUUCUAACAACAUGUACAUUUUCAAAAACAUUUAAUUAUUCUAUGAAUGAGAGAGAAUCAAUUAAUUGUCAGUUAUCAAAUAAAGAAAGUGGCAAUUUUUUUUGUGAACAAGAUGGUCUAUGGAAUCGUCGAAAACAAAUUUAUCAUAUUCAACGUCAACGAAAUGAAAUGAAAACGAAAAAUAACUUAUUUUUUAGUACAAAUUAUGAGCCAACAUUUCAUUGUUCAUUUGAACGUCGUUUUGGUGCAAUUGGUGAUGGUGGUAAAUGGAUAUGUGAUUCAUAUCGUUUUGAUACAAAAUCAACAUGUUUAAUUUAUAGUUUUGGUUCUAAUAAUGAUUUUACCUUUGAAAUCGAUCUAAAAGACUCUUUGCCUAAUUGUGAUAUUCAUACGUUUGAUUUAAAUAAAUAUGAAUGUCCUGAUCAGAUUUGUACAUUUCAUCAACUUAAACUUGGAAAUGGUAUCGAUAAACAUACUAAAACACUUGGUAUGAUCAUGGAUGAAUUAGAUCAUGCAAAAUAUGAAUUGGAUAUACUUAAAAUUGAUAUUGAAGGUGGUGAAUAUUCAGUAUUUCCAUCAAUGUUUAAUGAUAAAAUUUAUCCUCGUCAAAUUCAAGUAGAAAUUCAUCACAAAAAUGUUAAAGCAACUCACGAAUUAUUUGAUUUGUUCGCUGAAAAUGGUUAUGUUAUAUUUCAUAAAGAACCAAAUUUAUUAAACACAAAAAUAUUUGAAUUUGCUUUAUUAAGAUUAAAUCAACAAUUUUUUAACUUAACAAAUCAUGAUACAUGUAAUUAA